AUGAGUUUGGACGAUAACAUGGCCCACCAACACCCGUGUGCCUGUUGUGCGCUCCUGGUAGACUGCAAAGUCAAAAACCAGGAGUUGCAGGCCUUCAUUGCUAAACGAGAAUGGGGGAUGGAGAUGGACCUCACCCGGUUUAGGGAACAGUACAGGGAUUCCUUUAAGCGAAACCGUCUCAAAGAGAUAGAAGAGCUAAAGGCUACAGCUGCGAGCCAGAAGGCCAAUCUGACCAGUCAGAUUGAAGACCUGAGGAAGGAUCUGAAAGAAAAGACCUGUCAGUUGAAUGAAGUGCAAAAACAGCUAAAGCUCGCUCAAGACGACGACGUCUGUGCCAAGCUGCGCAGAGAUCUGAGGAUGGCCGAGGUCAGAGAGAAGGACUCAACCCAAGCCAGAAUGUCCGAGAGCCGAGGGUUUGAAGAGCAGCUUAGAAGAGCUCAAGAAGACCUGACAACUAAAGACGAAGAGAUCCUGGCUCUCCAUAAAGCCAAGAAUGCGUUCCUGUGUCGGUUGACAGAUGAAGGUGAGGGACCCGUUCAUGCCAAACCAACCAAGAUUAAGGAUCUUUGUCCCAUGGAGCACACACAGGUGGAAGCACAUGAGGCCAAACUGACCUGUGUCAUAGGAUUGGCCCGAAAGCAAGAGGCGCGUUUGAACACCGCCCAGAGAAGUGUGGAACAAGAGCUCAGACAGAAGCAGCUCCAGUUAGAAGUGAGAGAUCUUCAGCUCCAGACUCUGACAGAGGCCAACGAGUUCAUGAUGCAGAACGUCACACGAUUGACUGAAGAUGUGACUCGUCUUCAUCGGGAGAUGCAACAGUUUGUAAAGGAGCCCACAACGUCUGAAUGUGGAACAGAGGCCGCAGACGGUGGAACAGUCACAUAUAGAGACUAUACCUGUACUCCUCACAAGCGGCGACAAACGUGA